AUGGCGCUCAAAUCGGAAGAAGAACGUUUGAAGGAGAUGGAAGCGGAGAUGGCUCUGUUUGAGCAAGAGGUUCUUGGUGGCCCAUUGCCACUAUCAGGAAAUCCUCCUGUCAUGGAGGCUCUACCUGUAGCUGUGACUGUCACAACGAUACCAGUCGUACGACCAGUUAUUGGCACCAACACCUUCAGACAGGUCCAGCAAACACUCGACGCCAGAGGUAAUUUUGUUGGCCCACCACCGACCUUUGUUGGACCAGUCCCCCCAGUGCGUGCGCCCCCUCCUCCGAUGAUGAGGCCAGCCUUCGUUCCCCAUAUUUUACAAAGACCAAGUGGUCCGAGGCUCCACAUUCUUCGUGCCCCACCUGUCGCCCCUCCUUUGCCGCGGCCUCCCCCACCUCCGCCCAUGAUGGGUUCGCCUCCCACGCAAGGCCAGGCACCUCAGGGGCUUUCGCCGCCCAUCCAGCACAUGACCACCGCACCUCCGGUCAGUGACGUGUCCUCAGCUUCCUCCCCAUCGGCAAGAACAGCCGUUUCGACAUCCGUCAAGCCUCCGCCAGUCUUCCAAGGAUCGCCGACCGUUUACUCGGCACCCCCCGUCACAGUCGUGUCCCGAAAAAGCGACGUUACAUCUCAGCGGCAAGCAAGAAUGGAGGAGCUGGCGGCUCGGGUUGCCCAGCAACAGGCCGUUGUGAUGGCGGCGGGGCUGCUGGAGAAGAGUGAGAGCGAUGACGGCGGCGUCAUCGGACCAAGCAUGCCUGAGCCGGAACCCGUGCGCCACGAGCAUGCGGAAAGUUCCUCGGAAGACAAAAAGGGGAAGCCGAAGACUGAGAAAGUAAGGAAGUGUAUCCGAACGGCAGCAGGGACGUCCUGGGAGGACGCCAGCCUGUUAGAAUGGGAGCCCGACGACUUCCGAAUCUUCUGCGGGGACCUCGGCAACGAGGUCAACGAUGACAUACUGGCCAGAGCCUUCAGCAGGUAUCCAUCAUUCCUCAAAGCUAAGGUGGUGAGAGACAAGCGCACGGGAAAGACAAAAGGCUACGGCUUUGUCAGCUUCAAAGAUCCGAACGAUUAUGUGCGAGCCAUGAGAGAGAUGAACGGAAAAUACGUCGGCAGUCGUCCCAUCAAACUGAGAAAAAGCAUGUGGAAGGAUCGCAACAUGGAGGUUGUUCGAAAGAAGCAGAGAGAAAAGAAAAAGCUGGGCCUUAGAUAG